GUGAGUGCCACUACUCAGGUCGGGCUCGCCGUCACUGCUCGCACCAUGGACUCUUUCCCUACCUUCGGUAAUGGUAUGGUUUACUGGGCAGUCAUGGCCACCAACAUUACCUCUGUCAACCUACGCUCACACAUUGUCAACCCGUGAAGUGUGGAGAAUAAGGACUCACGUGCACAAGCAAGACAAUCACCGAAGCAGACGUUUCGCCAGUGUCGGCUUCAUCAACCCACUUUCGCACACCCACAAACCUUGAACAAGCAGGUCACUGCAGGAGUAGGCAACAACCCUAACAUCGACCCUCAAACCGCGUCCUGCAGUACACGCACCUGUAACCCUCCCCUCCCAACACACACUUGUGGUACAGUCCUCGCUGAUGGGCUAAGAGUUAAGGACAUAAACAGGAAUACUCUUAUUUCCAUCACAGCGGCCAAGAAGAUACAUUCUUAAUGUGAAAAGUUGUCGUCAGUAACUUCCUUAAGCAUAAGAAGUUCUCUAUAUACUUUUACAGCUUAAAAAAAUUGUGGAUAGUGUCUAGAAUGGUUAUUUCACAAGUGUUUUUGUGCGCAAACAACCAGAGUACAUAAGACGAAUCGUAAUUGUUACUUGAGCAUUUCAUUUAGAUUACUUUUGGCCCGGCUUCUGAAUUAUCUUGAACAGUGAAUUGCUUCGAAGCGGUGCACUAGAACGACAGAACUCAACUUCGCCCAGUCAGAAAAAGGGUCACUACUGCGUACAAACCUACAAGAAUUGGGUAGGAGUGUGGACGGGAAGAGAAAGAAGAAGUUCCAGAGCGGGAGGCGUGAAGACAUCACGUCCCUGAAGGUUUGACAUGGCUUAGGUACACUUAUGUACAGGAAGAGUAUAGACAUGACACAGAAUGUGGCAGGAAGCAAGUAUGGCGUAUCUAAGGAGCAGUUGCGGAGACUUAUGGACGCCAGAGGUCAUGACGGCCUCCAGCGUCUACAAGAAGAGUUCGGCUCUGUGGAAGAUGUCUGUCAUCGCCUGCACUCACACCCUACUGAGGGUAUCGGCAACUCGCCGGAGGAGCUGGAGCUGCGUCGGGAGGCGUUCGGCGUUAACCAGAUCCAACCUAAGGCCCCGGCCACCUUCCUGCAGCUGGUGCUGAGAGCCCUCAAGGACACCACCCUCAUCGUGCUGCAGGUGGCCGCCAUCCUCAGCAUCGUCCUCUCCUUCUUUCACGCCGAGGACAGUGUUGCGCGUGAGUCGUCACCUGUUGGUGGGUCGUAUAGUAGUCGCAUUCAGGUGGGUCGUAGUCACCUGCUGGUGGGUCGUAGUCACCUGCUGGUGGAUUGUAGUCACCUGCCUGGUGGGUCGUAUAGUAGUCACCUGCCUGGUGGGUCGUAUAGUAGUCACAUACUGGUGGGUCGUAUAGUAGUCACAUGCCUGGUGCGUCGUAUAGUAGUCACACACUGGUGGGUCCAGUUAACCCGUACCUUUCCCCAUUGUUCCUCAACAGACAGCGCUCCCGACGAUCCUUCUAAGGCGGCUGUUGAUGAAAAGGAGGAGCAAGCACCGCCCUGGAUUGAGGGAGUAGCUAUCCUGGUAGCCGUGGUGGUCGUCGUGCUGGUUACUGCCUUCAACGACUACAGCAAAGAGCGUCAGUUCCGUGGUUUACAGAGCAAGAUAGAGCACGACCACUUCUUCUCCGUCAUGCGCGCAAGGAACAUCCUUCAGGUGCCUAUCAGCGAGAUCCUAGUCGGUGACAUCUGCCAGAUCAAGUACGGUGACAUGUUGCCAGCAGACGGUCUCUUGAUUCAGGGAUCAGACCUUAAAGUAGACGAGUCUUCACUCACAGGCGAGAGCGAUCAUGUCACUAAGAGCGAAACAACGGACCCAUUACUCUUCUCAGGGACCACAGUGAUGGAGGGGAGCGGAAGAAUGGUAGUGACGGGUGUUGGGGUCAACUCUCAGGCUGGCAUCAUUAUGACCCUUCUCGGUGCCACAGCUUUCCUGCUGUGUGCUUACAUAUUAAACAAGCAAGGUGAAGUGACUAGGCUCAGCAUGGAGGAGCAGAAGAGGUUGGAGAAGGAUGUCAUCGACCGCAUGGCCUCCGAGGGACUCCGCACUAUAGGGAUUGCCUAUAGAGACUUCGUGCCCUUUGAGGGAAAGAUGAACCAGGUCUCUCAGAGGUUGUUAGACCAAGUGUGGCCGCGUCUGCGAGUGUUGGCGCGGUCAUCACCACAGGACAAGUAUAUCUUAGUGAAGGGCAUCAUCAACUCGAAGUCAGGAACUGCCAGUCAGGUUGUUGCUGUCACUGGUGACGGCACCAAUGAUGGACCUGCACUCAAGAUGGCCGACGUCGGCUUCGCCAUGGGGAUCACAGGUACGGACGUGGCCAAGGAGGCAUGCGACAUCGUGCUGACAGACGACAACUUCUCCUCCAUUGUGAAAGCAGUAAUGUGGGGCAGGAACGUAUACGAUUCUAUUUCCAAGUUCCUGCAGUUCCAGCUGACUGUCAAUGUUGUAGCUGUCACGAUCGCCUUUGUCAGCAUCUGUAUUAUCAGUGACACUCCUCUGAAGACAGUGCAGAUGUUAUGGGUGAACCUAAUCAUGGAUACACUGGCAUCGCUGGCACUGGCUACGGAGCCGCCCACCCAGGCCCUGCUACUCAGGAAACCCUACGGUAGAACCAUGCCUCUCCUUACCCCCAUCAUGCUGAGGAAUAUCAUCGGUCAGGCCAUCUUCAUGGUUGCCAUCGUUUUUCUACUUCUUUUCUACGGUCAUCGUCUGGUGGACAUUGAUGAUGGUCUGUACGCUAAGCUGGGCGAGCCUCCAUCACAACACUUCACACUCAUCUUCAACACUUUUGUCAUGAUGACAGUCUUCAAUGAGAUCAACGCUCGUAAGAUCCACGGAGAACACAAUGUCUUUCAGGGCAUUACCAGCAACCCACUCUUUUACGGCAUCUGGAUAGUCACUAUAGCGGGACAGAUCAUGAUUGUUCAGUUGGGAGGGUACGCCUUCAGCACGGCAGCACUGACGCUGGACCAGUGGCUAUGGUGUGUGUUUUUCGGCAUCCUGACGCUGCUGUGGGGUCAAGUCCUCACCACCCUCUCCAGUAUCUUCGUCUUUAUUAUGGGUGUGAGGUGAGGAAGGAAGCUUGAACCUACACGAGUGUUACUUUGUCUGACAAUCACCAGGGCUUGAGCUCAUAAAACUGAAAUUUGCAGUUUUCUUGCUGGGUGGGCAAUGGCAUCAGUCGACACGUAGUAGCAGAAUGGGACUUUAUGAAAUAUUUGUUAAAGCCUCAUUAUGGUGAAACAUCUAAAAAUAGAGAUUCUUCAUGCUUAAAGUAUAUUUUAAUUGCCAAUAACAUUGCUAACUAAUGAAAAUAUACCUAAGCCAUUAUUUUUGGAUACAUCUUUAAGA